CACAGAACGAGUCCUAGUUGCCGAAGUCCUCUGAAUUCUCCGAAGGUAGGUGGAUCUCUUUCACCUGCCUCGCAUCCAGGUGCGGCGGCUGUAGCUCCGAAGGUAGGAUCUCUUUCACCUCCUGCCUCGCAUCCAGGCGUUGUGCUUAACUCUCCUACCAGUCUGCAUCAAGCGGCACAUGAACAUCACACCUCUACUGGAGAAUAUCAAUAUACGUCAACUGGAGCGGAACGCGCAGGUAGCAGGGGUGCGACACCAACUACUACAUCCUCCGGAGGUCCUCACAGUAAUACGACUCCCAAUCCUUCUUCUGGUUCUUCCUCUACUUCUUCUUCCACACAGUUGCCGGCUUCUACUUCUUCCACCGCAACAGCAAACAACCCUCCAAGAUCACAUGUGGAGUACGCCUCUCUACCCGAGCUGAGGGCUUUGUUGAGAAAGCGGAUCAAAGAGCGUUGGAUCAGCAUUCCCCGACUAGCGUUUUUAUUAGUUUCGGCAGGCGUCUUGCGUACGGCAGUCUUCGAAACACGUGCUUUAGCAGAGUUAGGGGCUCAGAUAAAAUCCGAUGGCCGCUUUGCAUUUGCGGAUGUAGUGCAUUUGAUUGCGCUAAUACGGAUGUGGAAACGACCGCAGAGAGAGGUUCUAAUUCUUUACCUGUAGUAGGCUAUUUUUUUCGUCUUUGAAAUCAUAGCACUAAUAUGGGAAUCGACCACGAAGUAACAAGAAACUCCUGUGACUUCUUCCAGAUGACUUGCCAGGGAGUCUCCCCCAAGAUACAUCCUGACAACAGGUAAAAAUCCUCGGUUCUCUACAUCCGAGUUGGGAUUUCGUGACUCAUCGUGGAGUUUUAGACGUGUUGCGGCGGGUCUUGGACGUUGUGCCUCGGAGCCGCACAGAGCAGGAAGCUUUGACUCGGUUAGUCGAGGAAGAAUGGUUAUGCAACCAUUUCAAUAUAUUCAACAACAUACUAGUCGAAAAACUGAAAUAACCGAGUUACUGACUGAAAUAAGGGAGGCACUAGCUUAUAACGUCAAGGCUACUCUUCCUUCUCAUCAGUCUCUCGGUUAUUCUGAUCAUUUACUUGCUUAUUUCAGUUUUUCGAAUAGUUGAACAACCACAUCAGACACCGCAGUAGCUGUGAUAGUCUUCACUUACUCCCAGAAAAAGGUCUUCCACCUCCCUGCUCUCUUCAUACCCUCCUGUCGAUGGCGCGGUGACUGUGCGUGAUUGCGUGGCUUUGUGUCACCACGUUGCGGAAAAGAUGGAGCUUAUUCGGGCAGAAAUGGAGAUGAUAUUUGUCUCUUCACAACGAAUCAUGGGUUCGGCUAUAGCGCCAAAUCAUGGCUGUGCGACUGCGACUGGAGGAACAUCAAGUGCUGCUGGAGGCGGGUCGCAUCUUCACCAUAGCUGCACUCCAUCCGAGAGUGAGACCUCUGCAACGAAGAUUGCUGUAACAGAUUACCUCCGCGUCAAAUCGGCUUUCUUUUUCCAACUCCAAAACGCCAGGGAGCGGGAUCCACAGGCGAAAAGACGAGUCUCGAAUUUCGAAGACCCGGAUAUACUAGAAAGCGUGAAAGACGUAGAACACGCACUCACAUUGCUCGGUCGCAAGCCUGCAUCCCCGGAUGCUAUCCCAAAAUCUGGGGUAAACCUCUAUAGGUUCUUACAAGUGUACAGGGAUGCUCACCCGUUGGUUUCGACGGCGGGAGCAUUUUAUCGCACGGCUGUGAGACAAGCACAAACUGGAAGAAGAUUGGGUAUUGUGUCGAGUACUUGAUCAUGAUGUAGUGCAACUAGUAUUUGUGUAACAUGAUCAUGAUGUGCAACUAGUAGUAGUAUUUGUGUUGGAGACUGAUUACUUAGCAUUUGAGAAGAAGAAUUCUUGUUCUAUGCCGCACGGCGUAUACCAAGUGACAAUAUGAAUAGACUGAUAAUUUUCGUAUCCUUUUUCAUCUUUAACACUGUGUGCUCGUGCUAUAGUACUCUUUUCUGUUUCAACAACCAUCAUGCACAAAAAGAAAACUCUUAGUAGGUACUAAUUUUCGCAACCACCUAUCGAACAAAUAAAUAGAAGGUUAAUGUUUUCGAUAGAGAACAGCUACUGCAGUACAGGGCUUGCAAAGAAUGUAUAGAUAGUAGUACGUAGUGAAACAAGAGCUAGUUUAGCUUGAUGCUACAGGCCAUGGAAUUAGUGGGCUUACUCCCAGACACAUAGUAAAUCUAAUACAACUGUAAUGUCAAGAAGCAUAUUGUCAAUAUUGAAUAUAUGCCAUAUUCAAUCGUCCCUAUCCCUUCUGUUUCGUCCAUCAGUCAUUAAUCACAGAUAGUCCUUGAAUAUGACUAAGAGCUACAAGUACGAGUGGAGAAGUUUCACAGGUGCUUAUCACGGAAAGGCUUUCAGCAUGAACAGAAGCGUUUCUUGGCCAAAUGGGCUCGAACGUGCAUUAUAUUUCAGGAAGUGAAUGAAUGAAACAGUAUCUGUUUUAGUUGUUUUUUUGCAAGGAACAUGAUUGCGAUU